AAAUUUCAGCUUUAGAUGUUCAGUGUAUUUAGUUAUUCUCUUGAGGAAAAUGUACUAAUCUGUGUGGCUAGGAAUGUUAGACUGAAUGUAACCAUCUCCCAUUAUUUCUUACAGAUCCCUAUUACUUUGGGAGUAUUUCUGAAUUCUUACUUUGAUGUGAAGUUUAAUUUUCUAGGAAUACUUUUUGCAACACUUGGUGUUUUGGUUACCUCAAUAUAUCAAGUGUGGGUAGGAGCUAAACAACAUGAAUUGCAGGUGAAUUCUAUGCAACUCUUAUACUACCAGGCCCCAAUGUCAUCUAUCAUUCUGAUGUUCACUGUUCCUUUUUUUGAGCCAGUGACUGGAGAGGGAAGCAUCUUUGGAAACUGGUCUAGUACUGCAUUGAUGAUGGUGUUGCUUUCUGGAAUUAUUGCCUUUCUGGUGAAUUUGUCAAUUUACUGGAUUAUUGGAAAUACCUCACCUGUCACAUACAACAUGUUUGGACAUUUCAAGUUCUGCAUUACGCUACUGGGAGGCUAUAUUUUGUUUAAAGAUCCUCUUUCACUUAAUCAAGGUCUGGGGAUUUUGUGUACAUUAUGUGGUAUUUUGUUUUACACACAUUUUAAACUCUGUGAACAAGAAGAAGGAAAAAAUAAAUUGGCUCAAAGGCCUUAGUAAUGCUUCUGAGUUCCCUAUACAGAGGAACCUCGAUUAUCCAGCAUUCGAUUAACCGAUCGAAAUACUCCCCGCCCAUGUCCUUCGGAUAAUCGAGGUUCCUCUGUGUUUCCUUUUCCCAAAGUGUUGCUAGUGAGCACCAAUUCCAAGGUACUUGAUAAGUAUAGCAUCUCUAAAAUUGAAUGAAAUGCAAUUGAGUAUUUCACUUUAUUGCAGAAGAUGGUUGCUGCUCAUUCAUAGAAAUUUAUGUAUUUGACCAAUUUUCAAGUGCUGUGUUCUAAUUAUUUUACACAUAGCACCAGGUUAUAGUCCAACAGGUUUAUUUGCAAAUUUACUUCCAAAUAAACCUGUUGGACUAUAACCUAGUGUGUGUGAUUUUUUUUUGACUUUGUCCUCCCCAGUCCAACGCUGGCACCACCUUAUCCUGGUCAUUUUUGUAAUUGCUUUUAAAGACGUUCCUUGCAAUUAGUAUGUCAUGUAAAGUUCAUUCAGCUUUAAAUCUGAAAGCAUGUCAAACUGAUUAUUCAUGUCUAUAGAAUUGUCCAACAUGCAUAAAAUUGCUGAUAAGUUCUCUGAAUCUUGGAAACAAAAUCAAAUGUACAGAUAAUGUGAAAAUUGGUUUAAUCAUGUAUUUUCUGAAAGUGGACAUUUGUAAUUUACAUGUGUUUUGCACAUUCUGUAAUAUACUGGGCAAAAUAUUGUGGUGUUGGGAGGAAGGAAUAAAAUUAUUUUUCAUUGCUUUUAUUACAUGUUUAGAACACGUUGAUAGGAAAAGGAAUACAAAAAUGACGAAGUUCUCUUUUCUGCUGUAACAUAUUGGCAAUUUCCAUGGGAAAAUUGGAUUAUUUUCAGUGGAUCACUAUCGGUGAUGGUGAUAGUUUUUUGCAAGUUACAUGUGUAAAACAGAGCCUUAAAAUGUUUCUCGCAAAGUAGAAUUUUUUUUUGUCUAUCUUGAAACCGGAAUCCAAAUAAUAAAUGCAAAUA